GGGGCCAUGGCGGUGGCAAAUUCAAGUCCAGUCAAUCCGGUGGUCUUCUUUGAUGUCAGCAUUGGCGGCCAGGAAGUUGGUCGCAUGAAGAUCGAGCUGUUUGCAGACGUGGUACCUAAGACGGCAGAGAACUUUAGGCAAUUCUGCACUGGAGAGUUCAGGAAAGAUGGUGUUCCGAUCCAGUACAAAGGAAGCACCUUCCAUAGGUUCAUAAAGGAUUUCAUGAUUCAGGGUGGAGAUUUUGUUAAUGGAGAUGGUACUGGAGUCGCUAGCAUUUACCGCGGUCCAUUUGCAGAUGAAAGUUUUAAACUUAGACACUCGGCUCCAGGCCUGCUUUCCAUGGCAAACAGUGGUCCCAGUACAAACGGCUGCCAGUUCUUUAUCACAUGUUCUAAGUGUGAUUGGCUGGAUGGGAAGCACGUAGUGUUUGGAAAAAUCAUUGAUGGACUUCUGGUGAUGAGAAAAAUCGAGAAUGUUCCCACGGGCCCUAACAAUAAGCCCAAACUGCCAGUGGUAAUCUCCCAGUGUGGGGAAAUGUAAUCUAGACCAAGACUGAACCAGGUCUUCUG